UGUCAAGCGUUUUCUACCAAUCUGUUAUCAACAAUGUUUGUUGUUCAAAGUGGUGCAGUGAAAUUUAAGCAAUUUUCACAUAGUUUCUAUAGUUUUUCGCGCUUUUACAGCACUACAAAUAGUAAGCUAGUGGUAGGUUCCCGUUUGCCACUAUGUGGCAAAUAUAUUCAAAGCACAACGGCCGCGUGGACACCUGCAUCCAGCCACGUUCUUCCUGGCUCGUCUUUGGUCAACAACAACAAUCACAACAUUGUGCAAACGCGAUGGAAUUCCACCGAUGAACAAUCAUCCAGGCAGCGCGUUCGCAAGCGCUUAAUGCUGAUGGAUUUCCCGCAACUGGUGUGGCCAUCGGUGAUAAAAACCAUCCGGAACUGGAUCAUGGUGCACUUCAUCAUCAGACCAUACUUUGACCGAGAGUUUGUGCUUGCCGAUUUCGUCCAGGGUGCGAAACAAGCUUUGCAGGUGGUAUCUUCAUCGCUUGCCGGAGGAGAAGUGAAGCAUUUGGAAGGAUUGGUUGACCGAGCUGCACUGGCUGAUCUAAAGCAGUCAAUUGCUAAAAUGUCCGUUGCUGAACGAUACGACAUACAGGUGGACAAGGAAGAUGUGUACUUCUCGUUUCCCUACCAAGUGGGCGUGAUGUUUGACGAAUCCAACGACGAUAGUCAGAAACGGUUCGUCGAAAUAACGAUGGUGUUCCAUGUACUGCGGGGUCUUAAAGGCAUGAUAGAACGUGGUGAAACAGUCCCGUUAAACGUUGGCGUCCUUCCAGAGUUCCGGGACAAAAUAAGUGUCUGCAACUAUCGAUUCAUCAAGGAAUUUACCAAAGGCGUCGACUCCGACUGGACUGUGAAUGUAGUGAACCAUUUCAAGCCCAAUGAUUACAUCGAAGAAUGACCACACCGACCGGUAUAUGUUCAACACAAAACACCUCAACCCGACUUACGACGGGAACUAGCGCCGGAACUAGGGCGUCCUGUGUGUAGAAACAAUAAAGAAGACAAAAGUGUGCAUCCUUUUUGAGGGUGAUUAGUGAAGCAAAAUA